GGUCUCCCCUCCAUUCUCGCGCUGUUCGGUUUGAGCCCCAAAUUCUUUUUCGCCAGGAAUUUUUCUUUUCCUCUUACCGAAUCCUUUUUGCUUUUUUGGUUUUUCUCGAUCUUCUUCUUCUUCAUCUUCUUCUCCGGAUCUGGGUCCCAGAUCUAAAAAGUAAAAGAUCAAACAAGAUUAGGGAUCUGGGGAACACGGCGCGAUAGUAGAAGAACAACAGCUUUCGUUAUUAGGGUUCUUGGGAUCUCUCUCCGCUCCAGCACAGUUGCGGUAGCAGUAGCAGUAGUGGUGGUGGUGGUGCUCAAAUGGCGAUGGGUGGUGGUGGUGGUGGUGGUGGUGGGGGUGGGGGGUUGAGCGCGGAGGAGGCGUCGACGAUGGGUGGGAUCGCGACGGUGUCGCUGCUGCACUCCUUCAUCCCCACGCACUGGCUCCCCUUCUCCAUUGUCGGCCGCGCCCAGAACUGGUCCCUCUCCACCACCCUCCUCAUCACUGCAUUUGGAGGUGUCUUGCAUGUGGUUUCGACCUCUCUUCUUGGCAUCACAGCAGUAACUAUGGCUAACACUAUUGCAGGCGAGGAGACAGUGCAUAAACUUGCUUCCCUUUUGCUCAUAUUUCUAGGAGCAAGCUAUAUUGUAUUAUUUGCUCUGGGGAAGGGAGGGCAUAGUCAUGCACACAACCAUCCGAUGGAGAAGAUGGCUGUGGCUGGGCUGGUACUUGUACCUGCAUUAUCUCCAUGCGCAACAACCCUUCCUGUGUUUCUUGCGGUCGGUAACUCGUCCUCCAUGAUGAUUCUCGCCAUCAUCGUGCUACUAUUCAGUACAAUCACGGUGAUGACCUCUCUGGUGGCUCUAUCAUACUACGGCGCGAGCCAAAUCAAGUUUCACUGGGUAGAACGGUAUGAUAAGCUUCUUGUCGGCUCGGUGCUUUGCCUGGUCGGUACCCUAACCUACAUUUUCCACCACCACGACGGCGACGAGCACUCUGCUGAAGGGCAUCUUCACAGAAAACUUACAGGCCUGUGAAAAUCAUCUGAUUGUUACUCUGCAAAUGUAUUCUUUGUUGUUCUUUUGUUUCGGUAACAUGUGAAAAGAGUCCAGUAUGAAUGAAGAUAGCGGAACUCUGUCUCUCUCUCUCUCUCUCUCUCUCUCUCUAUAUAUAUAUAUAUAAUUUUUUAUGAUGUUGAUUACAAUGCUUGUACUAUGUAGUUAUAUUGAGUCGAGCUAGAAUAUUAUCGGUAGUAAAUGGAUUUCGUUGAGAACAAUUUAUUUCGA